AUGGCAACAGUGAAGCACAGAUUCCAGAGCAGCGAGACUGGCCGCCAAGACGCAGUGAGAGCAGAUGCAAUGGCAGUGGUUUCGGUGGAAGAUAUCCAGCACCUGGGGGAGGCCAAGUUGGAAGAGCACCCAAGGACCUACAUUGCACUCGGGGCAGGUCACGGACACACCUUGAGGGAGAACACAGAGGCUUUCAAGAGGAUACUUUUCCGACCACGAAUCUUUUUGGAUGUGGAGAGGGUCAACACCUCGACCACCGUGCUCGGCUGUGCAGUAUCCUUCCCGGUAGGACUUGCUCCAUCAGCGGGUCACAAGAUGGCACACCCUGACGGAGAGAUCGCCUCUGUGAAAGCGGCUCAGGACGCCGGCACGGUGAUGAUCCUCAGCAGCUUGAGCACCGUGUCUCUCGAAGACGUGAGGGCCGCGGCGCCUGGCUGUCUCCUCUGGCAGCAGACGUGCAUCUAUCGUGACCGGACCAUUACCCAGUCCUUGGUCGAGAGGGCCGCUGCCAGCGGCUUCUCGGCCAUCGUGGUCACCGCAGACGCACCCGUGCACGGUGACGGCAAGCUGCACCACCCCUAUAUGGGCGUUUCACCGCCUAGUUUCAGGAUGACUGAAGAAGAUAAGGUUGGACACGUUCUGAAGGGGAUAGCGGAAGAUGUGUACAAUUUCCUGAUCUUAAAAGAGAGCCUGACCUCCGUGUCCGACGUGAUGCAGCAUUGUCGGACAUUUGAAACGCUAAAGAUGCGACGGAUAGCGCCAAAAUUUGGCCGUCUCUCCAACGUCCCGACGGUGGCUAGUGUCGACACAAUGACGCCCAAUGACCUGGCAUCGACAAUACGGCAGAUUUAUGUCCUUCACUCGACCUGGGUCCAGGCGGAGGCCUUCAGUGCUAAGAAUGUGCCCGAGGGUGACGUAAGAGAUCGCGCUAGCUAUGUUUUCGGUUGGUCUUUGGACUCGCGAGUCGCCAUGGGUCGGACGCCUGUCGUACUUUCCAAAGCGAGCAGUGGCAGUACGAGGAACGUCGGCGCGCCCAAGAGCGCGAGUGUGCGCGUCGCCGUCGAGCCAAGGCCAUCGACGUCACUCGGUUUCGCCAAUAUCGAAGCCUCAUUGCCGGUCGGGCUCAAUAAAGGCAAGCCGCUAGACAAAUAUUCGAGUGACAUGGAUGCUUCGCCAUCGGCCACCUGGGACGACAUCGAAUGGCUGCGCCGUCUCUCGAAACUACCUGUGGUAGUCAAGGGUGUACUCACUGCCGAAGCGGCACUCGCAGCACACCGGCAUGGUGCAGCAGCUGUGAUCGUAUCCAACCAUGGUGGCCGCCAACUGGACGGAACUCCGGCCACGAUCGAUGUUCUUCCCGAGAUAGUAGCCGCCGUGGGGGACAAGAUGGAGGUGUACCUGGACAGCGGAGUACGAACGGGCGCCGACGUGGUCAAGGCGCUCGCGCUGGGAGCUCGGGCUGUCUUCGUAGGACGGCCGGUGUUCUGGGGGCUCGCCUAUGACGGUAAGGAAGGUGUCGAUAGAGUGUUGCAAAUACUUAAGGAGGAAGUUGAGCGCACCAUGCAACUCCUCGGUUGUUCGGACGUCAGGGACCUGUGCGAAGACUUUGUCUUGAGGAAGAACCGCUGUUUGGCGCAUUCCGAAUCACCUUGUAAACACUGAAGAUGUGGAUGUACAGGUUGUAUACAGUAGAAUGGGCGUGUGCGCUGGAAAUAAUAAAGGCAACGACGAC